AUGCGGAAGAUGUGCGCCAACCUAGACCGGGAGGAUGGCCUCGACACAGUGCUCGAGGUGCCUGUCCCGGAGCUCCACCAGGAGCCGUCGUCUGGCCACGGCCGGCGCCGGCGACGCACGGUAAAGGCAUGGGUGCAGUCGCGCAUGGAUCAACGCCAUCGACAAUAUGGCGCGCUGCCUUCGCAGGCGGAUGUGCAGCUCAUGCUCGGGGUGAUUGGCGCGCCGCUGGUGCCGCAGCCCGUGGAGGCGAGGAAAGCCAUGGCCGGAGAGGACAUCAAGGAGGAGCCCCUUGAGGUGUCGAAGGCGAAGUACAUCGUGGAGCAGUACGUCGCGGCGUCUGGAGGCGAGCCGGCGCUGAGCGCGGCGACGAGCAUGUACGCGGUGGGGAAGGUACUGAUGAGGACAACCAAGGGGCAGAAAUUAGCCAAGACGGGUAUGGGCAUGGUCCACGGCGGCGGCGAGAUUGCCGGUGGCUUCGUGGUGUGGCAGAAGAGGCCGGAGAUGUGGUGCGUGGAAAUGGUAGUAGCCGGCGGCACCAAGAUGAGCGCCGGGAGCGACGGCAAAGUCGCCUGGCGCCAGACUCCCUGGCAGCAGGCCCACGCUUCACGGGGACCCCCGAGACCUCUCCGUCGAUGCGUCCAGGGUCUUGAUCCGAAAUCAACGGCAAACCUCUUCUCGACAGCCACGUGGGUCGGCGAGAAGAGCAUCGACGGCGACGACUGCUUCGUGCUCCGCGUCGACGCCGACCCCUUAGCUCUACGCGCCCGGAGCAGCACCGACGUCGAGGUCGUCAGGCACGCCGUGUGGGGAUACUUCAGCCAGAGGACGGGGCUGCUGGUCCGCCUCGAGGACAGCCACCUGCUGCGCAUACGCAUGCAGGGCGGGUCGUCGGCCGAGACCGCAUACUGGGAGACCUCAAUGGAGUCGGCAAUCGGCGACUACCACGCCGUCGACGGCAUCAACGUUGCGCACGCCGGCCGCACCGUCGUUUCGCUGUCCCGUUUCGGCAGCAGCGCCAACGACCAAGACGACGGCGGCUCCGAGGCCCACGUGCUCGGCAAGAGGACGUGCACGUGCAUGGAGGAAACGUGGAGCAUCGAGGAGGUCGACUUCAACAUCAUGGGCCUGUCCACGGAGUGCUUCUUGCCUCCGAGAGACCUGGUAUCUUGCAGUUCUAAAACAGUCGAGAAGGAGCAUUGCGCUCGCCUUGAUCACAGCUGCAAGAAAGACGACGCUGUUGGUACCGUUCCUGCUGCUAAGAGUGCCGUCGUUGGUACUUGCGACCCAGCCGCACUUGACGUCAAGAACAAGAACAGUGAUGGCCGUGUCCGUCCGGCCACGGCGAGAAAGGCUCUUGUUCCGUCGGCGACAGGGCUAACCUGGUUUGGGACUGCCAAGGUUGUGGCUGUCGAAACCGUCGACACCGCCGCCGCCGAGUAA